UGAGCACACAGGUAAUGGUAAUUUAAUUAAGUGAGUCUCAGGGUGGAAAAGGGCAGGCCACAGAUAUGGGCAUCUGAACUUCAGCCUGUGGGAUCCGGACAUGUUACACUUUAAUACUUGGGCAGUCUGUUAGCAACUUGGCAGCAGUCGUCAAAGCACAGUGACUGUCAGUUUAAACAUUAACUUGCAGGUCAAGAGUCAAGUUGCCUGACAGUGGCUGCAUGUUGCUUAAAGCCCGACUUUCUCUUUCUCACACUGCACUCCGGGUACAUUAAGAUACCAAAAUGACCAACUUCGGGCAGAUCCUGAAAGAGAUUGGGGAGUUUGGUUUAUUUCAGAAGCGUUUGGUGGCUGCAUUAUGCAUCCCCACAUUGUUUACAGCUUUCGACGUGAUUGGUCAAGUGUUCACAGGCAUGAACUUCCCUCAUCACUGCAACACUGACUGGAUCUUGGAGCGUGGGCCCAACCUGACAGAUGAGAGACAGAGAAAUCUCACCAUCCCUGUGAACAAGGAUGGAAAGUAUGAAAGCUGUAAGAUGUUCACACCUGUGGAUUUGGAUUUGGAAACGAUUGAGGCAUACAGGAUCAAUACAACAACAGGAUGCAUAAAUGGAUCAGAUUUUGAAGCACCCAAAGGUUCCUCCAGCAUUGUGACCGAGUUCAACCUGGUGUGUGACAGGAGCAGCUUGAUUGAGGCAUCACAGUCCGUCUACAUGGCUGGUCUUCUGGUUGGAGCGCUGGUGUUGGGGCCGAUGGCUGACAGGUUUGGUCGACGCUUUGUUGUCCUGCUCUCACUCCUUCUCCUACUGUUGUUUGGUGUCAGUGCUGGUUUCUCACCGAACAUCUACGUUUAUAUUGUUCUCAAAUUUUUAGGUGGCAUCUCCAUUUCAGGCAUUAUUGCUAAUGCAUUUGUGAUAGGUGGAGAGUGGAGCGAUUCCUCCAAGUUUGCUCUCUGCACCAUUAUCUGCCACUCUUUUUUCCCUCUUGGACUGAUGCUGUUGUCUGGAGUUGCCUAUUUGAUCCGCAACUGGAGGAUCCUGCAGUGGGUACUCUUCAGCCCUCUUAUCCUUGUCCUGGGAAUCUUUUAUUGGAUUCUUCCAGAGUCAGCUCGCUGGCUCAUCACACAGGGCAGGAAAGAGGAGGCCAUAAAGGAGAUCCGGAGGGCAGCCAAGGUGAAUGGGAGGAAGGUCCCAGAAGAUCUGCUAGACAAGCUGGAGGCUGAGGGUACAUCCAAAAGAGGAAACAUGUUGGACAUCUUCAGGAUAUCAUAUCUCAGAAAACGAGCUUUCAUAAUGAGCUACAUCUGGUUUGGAACAAGUAUGAUGUACUACGGACUGAGUCUGAACGUUGGAAAUUUCGGUCUGGAUAUCUACCUCACACAGUUCAUCUUUGGUGUAGUAGAAGUCCCUGCACGUCUGGGCAGUUUACCUCUUAUCCAGCACUUUGGGAGGAAAAUAUGUCUAGUAGGGGUCCUGUUGCUUGGAGGUUGUGCUUGUCUUGCAAUAAUUGCAGUUCCAAGAGAUCUUCCUGUUGUGGUAACAGUCAUAGCUGUACUGGGAAAAUUUGCUGCCACUGCCAGUUUCUCCAUCGUUUACGUUUAUACUGCAGAGCUAUACCCCACCACUCUAAGGCAGAAUGGUGUAGGUCUAAACUCCAUGUGUGCUCGUGUGGCGGGCAUCCUUGCUCCACUGAUCAGGCUCCUAGACGUCUACCAUUACACCAUCCCCAUGCUAAUAUAUGGCAUCAUCCCCAUUACUGCUGGGGGUUUGUGUUUAUUACUACCUGAGACUCGUAAUGUUGAACUCCAGGACCACGCUGAACUCACAAAACCAGAGAACGGGGCUGCUGAGACGGCAUCCUUCACUAAAUCAGGAAAGAGCACAAAAAUGUAAUUUACAUGGACACAAUGGCUGUCAUAGCUUUUUCAUAUGAGGAAAACUGGUUUGCCUUUUUUCUAAUUACUGGUGUGUUACCCAAAUGCAAAGCUUCAACUGAGUUAUAUUGAACUUGUAAAUUAUUAAGCAUAAUGUUAUGUUUUGUAGUUACAAUCUGUUAAAAAAUUAUUCACUACUACAGAAUUUAUAGACUGUUUGAUAACUUGAAUUGAAUUGUAUAUACAGUAUAUGAAAUGAUGUGUAUUUGCUAUGCACCUAUUUGUUUCUCACCUCAAUUUAAUUGAUGUAUGAUGGACAGUACGCAUGUUAUAGUGUGAAUGGAUGUAUUGCCUGUAUGUUUUUCAGUUGCUACAAGUCAACUGUAGUGCAUUAUGGAGAAUGGGAAUAAGCUAACAUUUUGACAUGUCGUAGUACACUGUAACUGAUUACAUUGAGUCACUUUUGUUCAUCUUUGAGCUGUGAAUUUGCACAAUUGUUCUGUCACUGAUGUGGAUAAAGUUAGUAACUGUGUGUUAAACACAGAGGAACACUGACUGAGAGACUGAGAGUUGGUACAUGUAUUAUGUAGCCAGAAACACAACAAAUGAAUGCUGUCUUUGCUCCAUGUCUGCUUGAUGUGUAAAUAACAACUGUAGCAGUGCCUAUAAUGUUUUUUGUUUCAUGAAGUUCUGCCCCCUUGUGGCAAAAAAAACAAUAAUAAAAAUCUGUUGUCUUACA